UUCUCCUGCCCAAAUACAGCUUCCAAUUUCUGUUAGAAUGAUUUAUCUAAAAAUGCAGAUUUGCCCAUGUCACUUCCUUAAUUUAGUGGUUCGUCAACACCCAGUGCUCCACACAUUUUCCACUAAAUGACUACUUAUGAUAGAUAAGCUUUUCUCAACUGCAUUCCCAUAAGAAAAUUAAACCCUAAUGCUAUUAGGCAUCCAUUGUAUGUAAUGUAUUAACUUUUUACCAGUGCAUCUGAAAUGGUCCUAGUUGCUUACACUCUUGAAGAAAAUUGAGGAAAUAGUCAUUCAAAUUCUUUUCUUUGUUCUGUGGUUCAGAUGAGGAACCCAGUGUAAAAGAGUAGAGAGAGAGAAUGUAUGUUCUUCAAGAGGUCCAGAAGCAUGGCUGGGAACAAUCUCCAGAAAAAAACUCCACAAAUUUCAUUGAAGUCUAGGGUUUCAACUUUAUUAUUAUUUUUAAAAAUAUAUAUAUAUACACACACACAUUUAUUUAUUUAUUAUAAAUUUAUUUAUUUAAUUUAUUUAUUUUUGGCUGCUUUGGGUCUUUGUUGCUGCAUGCGGGCUUUCUCUAGUUGUGGCGAGCGGGGGCUACCCUUCCUUGCGGUGCACGGGCUUCUCAUUGUGGUGGCUUCUUUUGUUGCAGAGCACAGGCUCUAGGUGCUCAGGCUUCAGUAGUUGUGGCUCGCGGGCUCUAGAGCGCAGGCUCAGUAGUUGUGGCACACGGGCGUAGUUGCUCCACGGCAUGUGGGAUCUUCCCGGACAAGGGCUUGAACCUGUGUCCCCGGCAUUGGCAGUCGGAUUCUUAACCACUGCGCCACCAGGGAAGACCCUAGGGUUUCAUCUUUAAAUUUAUGUGACUAUUGUAUUCUACUACAUAAUAUGUCCAUUGUUAAAAGUGUUUUAAAAUAUUUGUCAAUGAAUAGAAUUGAUUUUACAGGAGGAUUUGCCUGAGGUCCGUGGAACUAAAAAUAACUACCUUUUUUCUUAGCCCUGUAGUGGACAUUUUAUACAUGUUACAUUAUUUAAUGUCUCUAGGAAAAUCGCCCAAGAUAACACAGCUAGUAAGGUGUCAAGACUCAGGGCACUAAGGGAGGUAUGUCUCAACUCCACAACUUGAAGCUGAGUUGAGUCAAGAGCCUUGGAAGUCUUUGCCCCAUUUCUAAGUUUGUCUUCACUGGAAUAGAGGGUUUUUUUUCCCUUGGUCAAAUUAGUAUUGUGGUUCAGAUCAUGCGUAAUUCCAUACUUCUUUGGCAUAAUACAACUAACCUUGAUUAUCCAAAAGAAAAAUGAGCAGUGAUGCAGGUAAUUCCAUAUAAUAGGGAAUCUUGUCUUUCUCUGGUGGCUCUGAAACAUAUAAAAUUACUUUUUUUUUAGUAGCAGAUUCACUUUUCUAAUUGUUUUGUCUUGAUAGAUAUUGACAUAUUGUAAUUUCUUGAGUACUCUAGCUGGUUGUGGGAGCUGGCUUUUUUUGGCAAGAGGUAGCUAUCUUGCUAUUGAAAACUUGGUUCCUCCACCCCAGAAAACAUAGAGUUGACUCCAUUUGUGUCUACUUACCCAAGGUACUUGGGAAAGCAUAAAUGCUAAAGUACCAAGGUGUCAGAGUGGCUUCCCCAGCUCCACCCCUAAUCUGACAUUUACCUAGCCAUCUGGAAUACAGUUUCCAUUAGGUGUCCAAAGAGAAUGUCCGGAAUGCCCUGUCAGUGGCCAUUCAGCGCAGAAUUUCAAGGGGAUCUGGCUCCUGUAGCUCCUCUAAGAAGCUAGAACAAGUUCUGAAAUAAUUGCUAAUGGAGGGAGCCAUAGUGGCUAUUUUCACUCAUCUCUGGCUGUACCCCUGAAUUUCUGGUUCUUCCUAAAAGCUUGAAGUUUGGGAGUCUAAGGGCAUCCAGAGGAUGCAGAGUCCUGUGAGGUUCUUUUAUUUGUAACACCUUGCCUCCUUUGCUGUUCUAAACUCUCUUUUCAGUAUGAGUUAAUAAAGCUUGCAUGUUAGUACCCAGUACCCUUUAGAUUAUGUAAAAGAGGAGAAGAGGUAGACUGGGAGGGAAAGUCCAGAGUUUGGAUUAGAAAACCUGUUUAGUCAAAGGGGAACUUAGCUGAGGAACAGAAUGAAAAUUAUUUCCUUAGACAGUAGACAAACAUUCAGGAAACACCUCUGUACCCCAAAGAUAGGAACAGCUGCCACACAGUGACUAUUAAAGGGAGGUUCUAAGUUAUGAGCAAACAGCUGAUUCUCUUGGUUCUUAGGCUGUUGCUGUUGGUGACAGGAAAUCUUGUUUCCCAAGCUACUGGCUUCCUGUUUUAUUUUUACUCUUAGCAGAUCAGAAUGUCCAUAACAAGGAGCAGUCUGUUCCAAAGGGUUCUACUCCCUCUUUGAGCCUGAAGGGCUUUUUUUUUUUUCUUUUGGUCAGACAAUAUGUUGGUUCACUUUUAAGAUCUAUGAUGUUUAGCUUGAUUUAAGCAUUUCGUAUUCACAAUCAACUUUUUUGGUGAUGAGCUGGUGUUUUGAGAUUUGAUGUUGUUUUUCAUCAUUCAGAACGUUGCCUGAAGCAGGUCCACCAUGCCGUUAGUAACGAGGAACAUCGAGCCAAGGCACCUGUGCCGUCAGACGUUGCCUAGCGUUAGAAGCGAGCUGGAAUGCAUGACCAACAUCACCCUGGCAAAUGUCAUCCGACAGCUGGGCAGCCUGAGUAAAUAUGCCGAGGACAUUUUUGGAGAGCUCUUCACUCAGGCAAAUACUUUUGCCUCUCGAGUAAGCUCCCUUGCUGAGAGGGUCGACCGCCUACAAGUUAAAGUCACUCAGCUGGAUCCCAAGGAAGAAGAAGUGUCACUACAAGGAAUCAACACCCGAAAGGCCUUCAGAAGCUCUACCGUUCAAGACCAGAAGCUUUUUGACAGAAACUCUCUCCCCAUACCUGUCUUGGAAACAUACAACACCUGUGAUACUCCUCCACCUCUCAACAAUCUGACCCCUUACAGGGACGAUGGGAAAGAGGCACUCAAAUUCUACACAGACCCUUCGUACUUCUUUGAUCUUUGGAAGGAGAAGAUGCUGCAGGACACCAAGGAUAUCAUGAAAGAGAAGAGAAAGCAUAGGAAAGAGAAGAAGGAUAAUCCAAAUCGAGGAAAUGUAAACCCACGUAAAAUCAAGACACGUAAGGAAGAGUGGGAGAAAAUGAAGAUGGGUCAAGAAUUUGUAGAAUCCAAAGAAAAGCUGGGGCCUUCUGGGUAUCCACCCACCUUGGUGUACCAGAAUGGCAGCGUUGGGUCUGUUGAUAACGUGGAUGCAAGCAACUACCCACCACCACCACAGUCAGACUCCACUUCUCCGCCUUCUCCUUCCUUCUCUGAGGACAGCUUGCCUCCCCCACCAGCAGAAUUCAGCUACCCAGCAGACAGUAUCCAAAGAGGGUCUGGCUUAGCUGGGCCCAAAAGAUCCAGUGUGGUCAGCCCAAGCCAUCCACCACCAGCUCCUCCUCUGGGCUCUCCGCCAGGCCCCAAACCUGGGUUUGCUCCACCACCUGCCCCUCCGCCUCCACCUCUGAUGAUGAGCACUCCACCCCCACCACCGCUUGGAGGAUUUGGGUCUCCAGGGACGCCACCACCACCUUCACCCCCAUCUUUCCCACCUCACCCCGAUUUUGCUGCCCCUCCACCUCCUCCCCCACCGCCAGCAGCUGACUACUCACCUCUGCCACCACCUCCCUUGUCCCAACCAGCAGGAGGAGCACCUCCGCCUCCCCCGCCCCCCCCUCCUCCAGGGCCCCCUCCUCCCCCUUUCAGUGGUGUAGAUGGCCAGCCUGCUGCACCUUCACCACUUUCUGACACCACCAAGCCCAAGUCCUCCUUGCCUCCUGUGAGCGAUGCCCGCAGCGACUUGCUUUCAGCCAUCCGUCAAGGCUUUCAGCUGCGCAGGGUUGAGGAGCAGCGGGAACAAGAGAAGCGGGAUGUUGUGGGCAACGACGUGGCCACCAUCUUGUCACGUCGCAUUGCUGUGGAGUACAGCGACUCAGAAGAUGACUCCUCUGAGUUUGAUGAGGACGAGUGGUCGGAUUAACUCUUCUGCCUGCUGCCCGCUUCCUUUUUCUUUCCUUCCUACCUGCCUCCUUUGAUGCCUACCCCGACAGUCCCAAGGGGAAAAAAGGGAGGAAAAAAAGAAUCUCAAGGGGCCAGAGCCUUCCCUGAAGCAACCAAAGAUAUAUCCAAGUGCUUCCUCCAAAUCAACAUGUAUUUCCCAUCUCCCCGAGGUCAGGCCCAUGGGGCUCCUGAGGUUCAGUAGCUGAGAUAUUCCCUCUUCCCUUCAAGUGACUGUUGCAUAUUGAAGAGAAGGGAAAACCCCAAAGCAGAUCCCUUUGAUUGGAUUUAAAUUUGGAGUUGGUGCCUUCCCCUAGAAGCCAUUUUCUGUGGUCUUCUAGAAUCCUUGCCCUCAGCUACUUUGAAUAAUGCCAGCCAUCUUCUGGUCCUAAAGCCUGCCUGGACACAGCUGGCCCCUUUCCCAUGCACUGAGAGGGCGGAGCAGCCGCAUACCCCGUGCCUCCCCCUUCUGCCCUCAUCAGCAGGGUGAGGCUGCCUUUUGCUAAGCCAUCUCUAUGUCUGGAUGCCCUUUAUUCCAGGAGCCAUCCAGCCCCUAAAGAAACGUCUUACCCCUCUGCUCAGAAACAAUGCCUUUCUGGAGGCAGGGGUGGUUCCCUCCCUCCCAGGGUCCCUCUCCUGAAUGUGGUGUUCCACGUUCCUUAAAUGCCCCUCCCUCACCACCAGGUGCCUCCAAGCACCACAGCCCGGUUCUAACCUCUAAUACUCACGACCAAACUAGCCCUGACACACAGGGAUCUGGGCCUCUUCUGGCUCUCGGGAGCCAAGCUUAGAGACUUGUAACUGCAGGACUGGAAAAAGGCGGAACUGGGUUGAAUGAUGCUGAAGCCUAGAGAUGGGAAGUGACUUGCUCAAGGUCACACAGUUGGAUGAUGACAGAGCUAGACCCCAGAGUUCCUGAUUCCAAGUCACCUGUGCUUUCUGGGACCAAAUGGUGGGCACCUGCUGGAGCCCGGGCAGAGCAGUUCUUGGCUCUGUGCUACUUCAGACCUCACCACAGGUGGGGGUCCCAGUAGAAGGGCUCAGGGCCUGUGCCAGGCCUAUCAGUGCUGCUCAGACCCUCAUGGCCUCUCUUGUAAUUGUUUGCUCCCCCUUUCCUAUCACCAGCUAAGCACCUGGCCUUGAGAGCUGCUCUUUUGGGGGACCAGAGGUAGUGAGAGAAGGAAGCGGGUAGGCAGCGUGACAGGUGCUGCUUUCAAUUCCUCUGCAACUCCUCCCCCUUUUAUUUCCCCAGUUUAAGCAUAGGUCCUUCCAACUGUAGAAACUUCAGUCCCUCGGGCUGGCAGCCGCUGCAGGUAGCUGCCCCGGGGCAGGGGGCGCUGGCGGCUGGCGGCCAUGAGGAGGGUCGAAAGGCAGAAGGACUCUGGGUCUUGUUUCCAGCUCCCCUCCUCACUGCACAGUGACGUUCCCUCCCUCACUCCCCCUUUUUCCCAGAGCUAAUACACAGGUGCUAUUAUUCAGAAAAAAACUGGUCAACUUUGGCCAACAGUGAGGUUUCUUCUCUUCUGCCCUAACUAUUGUGUAGCCUCUUGUGCUGAAACUGGCUUCUGGCUUCUCCGGCUUCUCCGGCUUUCCGAGCCCUGAAACAAAGAGAAACAGGAUCUGUCUCUACCCAGCACAGCAAAUGGUUAUAGUAAUUGCCAAAGCCCUCAUCAACCCCUCCGGCUUGAGGAGAGGGUGUAAUCGUGGGUACUGCCGCUGUGCCCUGGCUGAAUCUCCCCCUCAGCCUUCUUGCUGUGAACUUGGGGCGUGGGGACCGAGUCUUUAGAGGCCAGCGUGCCCUCCUGCAGGGGCUGCUCCAGAGUGUGCCCUCCUUCCUCUCCUAGAUCACACAUCUCUGGCACAGGGCUGGCGUCAGGCCCCAGUGCUGAGCGUACCAGACGGUGUGCACCCCCUCCUUGCCUCCCACUGUGCACUCUGGAAGCUGAAGGUGCUUUCUUCAGAACUCUAAAAUGGCUGUCGAAGGUGCCCCCGGCUGCAACCCAGCAGUGACCAAAGUGGCAGGUGGAGGGCAGUGGUUCUCCCAAAUAGGAGUCCUGGGGCCUGGCUAGGCCAGGGUUUGGGCCUAAUGGCUUUGACUAAAUUACCCCCAUCCCCCUCCUUUCCGGAGAAGGGGGAGCCAGCACUACUCACUAUCAUUCUUCUCUGACCUUGAAGGGGGCGGUGUUGGCCUGGCUUCUGGAAUGGACGGAGUCUGCCUUGGAAAGGGCUGGGGGCAGGAGGAGGUGGGGAGGGCCACUGCCUGCAGAAGGUAGGAUUAGAUCAUUAGCUCAGUGACCUCCUAGGGUUUCGAUAUGCUGUGUUCUCAUCCUACAGCUGGUUUGGUAAUGAUCUGAAAGUCCCGGAGAGCAACAGCACAGCUCUGCCCGAUGCUCUCAUUAAAAUCUAUGCAGCCAAGCUCGGCGCUUUGUAGCAGCCGGCCUUGCGAAGCCUCCUCAGCUCGGGGGGCUGGGGACCCAGUCAGCCGAGAGGCCCUCUGGGCUCUACUUAUGCAUAUGUGCACCAAAAAAAAAAAAAAAAAAAGCUUCUUUAAACACAGAGCCCUUUAAGAUGAUAAAGGACCCUAUGCAGGUAAUUGUGUUAUCUUUGGAAUCCUGUAAUUGUAGAAUGCAAAGUUUAGUGAUUAUUUAAACUGGGCUGAGGCUGGUAAGAGUAUGGAGCAAUGGCCCCUAAGGACUCUAAGGGCUGAAGCCAAGGAGCCGCCUCCCUUCCCUAUUCUGCCCAGCCCAGGGGACCUGCCCCCAUUCCUGUGGCCCAGGGGCCCAGCUUCCACUCGGCAGUGUCAGAAGUGAGUUGUGACUCUGCCUUGGUUGUGAGAUGAGUACAUUCCAAGGGAGCAGCCACGGGGAGGGGGCAGGCUCAGCGAUCCCUUGGAGGCUCCGAGCAGCUGGCCCGAGCUCCAGCUCGCCUCCAACGGAAGCUCAAGCGCCCUCAGAAAUGACCCUGGCCGGUGUCACCGCAGAGCUGAGGCAGUGUUGUCAGGGCUAAUGUGAAAUCUCUUCCCGUGGCGCCGAUUCUCCGGCUCGGCAGCGCCAUCUCGGACAGAUUGAGGUCUCUGUGGCUUUGGUGACCCUGCGUAAGCAUUCCCACCGUGUCCCAGCUCUGCUUUCAGCCUGCUGCCCACUGCAACCCCCCUCACCUGACCUCAGGGCUUGAGGAGGGGGGCAGUGACCCCAAGGCCAGGGGCUUUUGCUCAGGAGAGAGGUCAGGCUUCCUGGGGGCUUUGAGCUCUACCGGGGUUCAGCCGACCUGGGACCAGGUGUCACCCAGAGAUGUGCCUCAGGAAGGGCUAGGGAACAAUUUUGUUACUGUAUUAACUUUAGUCACUUAACUCACUUGAGAAACUAACCAAUUUUUACUUUCUGUCUAGAAUGAUGUAUGUGUAGGAGAGAGAGCCAUCAUGCUCCUGAAGUGCCUUGUUUUCUCUGAUAUAAAUAUAUUUAUGAGGACCUGGUCCAGUGGAUUCUUGGGUGUGUUUGCCACAUCAAGAUUUUAGGGAGUGGGCUUGUUACGUAGUGGGGUUACAGUCUGAAAAUGAGUCCCCUUCCCCUGAAGAUGGGAACGGAGCUUGAGAUGCAGCUCUGAGCUCUAACCUUCAGGGGUUAAGCCAGACCCCUGACGUGACCCUUUCCUUGUCACCCUAUUCCUCUCAGGUCCUUAGAAGGAGGACUAGUUUUUCAAAGCCCCAUGCCUCCAAGCCUGGUCCUACUUGAGUCCCUGCCAGGCUCGUGUGUGUACCACAUUAGCACCCCAGUGACCUGAAGAUUCUGUGUAAUUGUUUUACGUAUACAUGCAAAUGCAUAAAUGCCAACAUCUUAAAUAAUUUGAUAAAGUCUUUGUAACCAUGCA